AUGUCUCAGGUGCAGGAAGAAGUCGUUGAGGAGUCUCAAAAUAUUGAAAUACCCGAAUCUAUAGUAGCAUCUACCAUCGAGCCAAAUGAAAAUAUAACUUCGCAACAAGGAAACGAUGAAGAUUUAAAUGAGGAUGAUGUGGCUUUGGCCUCUUUUGUCCCCUUGGAAAAGUUACAAGUGAAUGGUAUUACCACGACUGAUCUGAAGAAGUUGAGAGAGAAUGGGUUACAUACUGCAGAAGCCGUGGCAUAUGUGCCAAGGAAAGAUUUGUUAGAAAUUAAAGGUAUAUCUGAAGCCAAGGCUGAUAAAUUACUGAGCGAGGCCUCUAGAUUAGUCCCAAUGGGAUUUGUCACUGCAGCUGAUUUCCAUUCUAGAAGAGCAGAAAUGAUUUGUCUAACCACUGGUUCUAAAAAUUUAGAUACGUUACUAGGCGGUGGUGUGGAAACGGGUUCAAUUACCGAGUUGUUCGGUGAAUUUAGGACGGGUAAGUCUCAAUUAUGUCAUACAUUAGCAGUCACUUGUCAGAUUCCUCUCGAUAUUGGUGGAGGUGAAGGUAAAUGUCUAUAUAUUGAUACUGAGGGAACUUUUAGACCAAUAAGAUUGGUUUCCAUUGCCCAACGAUUUGGUCUAGAUCCAGACGAUGCAUUAAACAACGUUGCCUACGCAAGAGCAUAUAAUGCAGACCAUCAAUUGAGAUUAUUAGACGCCGCAGCCCAAAUGAUGAGUGAGUCAAGAUUUUCUCUAAUUAUUGUAGAUUCGGUAAUGGCACUUUAUAGAACAGAUUUUUCUGGCCGUGGUGAACUGAGUGCUAGGCAAAUGCAUUUAGCAAAAUUCAUGAGAUCGCUACAAAGACUUGCGGACCAAUUUGGUGUUGCAGUCGUAGUCACAAACCAAGUUGUUGCUCAAGUUGACGGUUCUUCAAUGUUCAACCCCGAUCCUAAAAAACCUAUUGGUGGUAACAUCAUGGCACAUUCUUCUACAACAAGACUAGGGUUCAAGAAAGGUAGAGGUGCACAGAGAAUAUGUAAAGUUGUAGACUCUCCAUGUUUACCAGAAGCUGAAUGUGUCUUUGCAAUUUACGAAGACGGUAUUGGUGACCCAAGAGAAGAUGAUGAGUAG